AUGAGUAACGAUGCCGAACACGAUACAACCUUCGAAUCUGCAGAUGCUGGCGCAUCCCUCACUUAUCCUAUGCAAUGUUCUGCUCUUCGUAAAAAUGGGUUUGUCGUAAUUAAAGGUCGCCCCUGCAAGAUUGCAGAAAUGUCUACUUCUAAGACUGGCAAGCAUGGUCAUGCCAAGGUUCAUCUUGUCGCCAUCGACAUUUUUACUGGCAAGAAACUUGAAGAACUAUGCCCUUCAACCCAUAACAUGGACGUUCCUAACGUUUCACGCCGUGAGUACCAGCUGCUUGACAUUGAUGACGGGUUCCUAUCUUUGAUGGGCGAGGACGGAUCCACAAAAGAUGAUGUAAAAAUCCCCGAUGGAGACGUUGGUGAAAAGAUUAUUAAGCUAUUUCAAACUGAGUCCAAGGACACCAAUGUCGUAGUUCUUACUGCCAUGGAAGAGCAAUGCGUUGUGGAAGCCAAAGAAUCUCCUCGUUGA